CCCGUGGGUUUUUUUACUGCGACUUCUUUUGGCGCUGAGGCGACGAGUACCCGGCUUCGCGCAGAUCCUGGACUGACGCCCCGUGUCGGUCAUAGCUGACUGCCCCACACCGUCCCCUGAGCAUUCUCUUGCUUGCACACACUCUAAAUCCGCGUGCAGGGUCCUACUCCAUGGACCGCGAGCCUCAUGAACCCUCCGCUGGCGUCAUCUCGGUUCCAAACCAGCCGCCCAGCGAGCCUUCUGGGCCUGGUCCUCAGGUGCCCAGCGCAGGGGGCGACUCAGGCACCAUGAGCCAGGACACAGAGGUGGACAUGAAGGAAGUGGAACUGAACGAGCUGGAACCCGAGAAGCAGCCGAUGAACGCGGCGUCUGGGGCGGCGAUGGCCGUGGUCGUGGCGGGCGGCACCGAGAAGAAUGGUCUGGUUAAGAUCAAGGUGGCUGACGACGAGGCGGACGCGGCGGCCGAGGCCAAGUUCACGGGCCUGUCUAAAGAGGAACUGCUGAAGGUGGCGGGCAGCCCCGCCUGGGUACGCACCCGCUGGGCGCUGCUGCUGCUCUUCUGGCUCGGCUGGCUGGGCAUGCUGGCCGGCGCCGUGGUCAUCAUCGUGCAGGCGCCACGCUGCCGCGAGCUGCCAGAGCAGAGAUGGUGGCACAAGGGCGCCCUCUACCGCAUUGGAGACCUUCGGGCCUUCCUGGGCCAAGAGGCAGGCAACCUAGCGGGCAUCCGGGUCAUCCUGGACCUCACUCCCAACUACAAGGGCCAGAACCCUUGGUUUCAAUCCAUUCAGAUUGACACUGUGGCCAUCAAAAUGAAGGAAGCUCUGAGGUUUUGGCUGCAGACCGGUGUGGACGGGUUUCAGGUCCGGGACGUGCAGAAUCUGACAAAUCCGUCUUCAUUCUUAGCUGAGUGGCAGAACAUCACUAAGAGCGUCAGUGAUGAUCGGCUCUUGAUUGCAGGCACAGACUCCUCCGACCUUCAGCAGAUCCUGAGGCUACUUGAACCCACCAAGGACCUGUUGUUGACUAGCUCUUACCUGUCACACUCCAGCUUAACUGGGAAUCAUACAAAUUUCCUGGUUACCCAAUAUCUGGACGCCUUUGGCAGCAACUGGUGCAGCUGGAGUGUGUCUCAGGCGGGGCUCCUGACUUCCUUUGUGUCACCCCAACUCCUCCGACUCUACCAGCUGCUGCUCUUCACCCUGCCGGGGACCCCAGUGUUCAGCUAUGGAGAUGAGAUUGGCCUGGAGGGAGCUGGCCUUCCUGGACAGCCUGUGAAGGCCCCGGUCAUGCUGUGGGAUGAAUCCAGCUUUCCCAACACCUCAGCAUCUAUAAACAUCAGCAUGACUGUGAAGGGCCAGAGUGAGGACCCUAAAUCCCUCCUCUCCCUUUUCCGCUGGCUGAGUGAUCAGCGGGGUAAGGAACGCUCCCUGCUGCAUGGAGACUUCUACGAUCUCUCUUCGGGGCCUGACCUCUUCUCCUACAUCCGCCAGUGGGACCAGAACGAGCGUUUCCUCGUAGUGCUCAACUUUGGGGAUGUGGGCCAACUGGCCAGGCUGCGGGCCUCCAGCCUGCCCACCGGCACCAGCUUGCCAGCCAGGGUGGAUCUGCUGCUCAGCACCCAGCCAGGCCGUGAGGAGGGCACCUCCCUUGAGCUGGAGCACCUGAACCUACAACCUCAUGAGGGGCUGCUGCUCCGCUUCCCCUACGUGGCCUGACCUGGGCCCACUACCCUUCCCCCCAUCCCCUGGCCCUUUGGGUUCUGAUUUCUCUCUCUUCUUUUUUUUAAACUGUUACAGAUGAACCCCCAAAUAGGGUGUUUUCUGGUUUCAAAUAAAAGUCACUCCUGCCUGGUGA